GCCUGCGCUCUUCACGGCUUCCGGCACGCGUCGCACGCGUCGUACGCGGCUGUGAGUGUAGCAGGGCUUCCAUCUGCUUCAGCUGCGCGUCUCUGCCCGAUCAGGAGCCUCUGUCCCCCGCGAGAGAAGAGCGAUGGGCUUCCGAAAGAAGAGCAAGAGUCCUCCCGUGCUGAGCCACGAGUUUGUGAUCCAGAAUCACGCGGAUAUGGUGUCCUGUGUGGCCAUGAUCGUCCUGCUGGGGCUCAUGUUUGAGGUGACAGCAAAAUUUGCAAUUAUGUUCAUCACAGUCCAGUAUAAUGUCACACAAAGCCUGGAUACGGAUGCAGAGGACAAGCCUGAGUCUGUCAACUACUACAAGUACGGUCCCAAGGACAUGGCCACAGUCUUCUUUUACCUACUCAUUGCCGUAAUCCUUCAUGCCCUGAUUCAAGAGUACAUACUCGACAAAAUCAACCGUCGGCUGCACUUGUCCAAAACAAAGCACAGCAAGUUCAAUGAGUCGGGCCAGCUGGCCACCUUCUACUCGCUCUCCUUCGUCUGGGGCUGCAGCAUCCUCACCAGUGAGGAGUUUGUGACAAAUCCGACUUUUCUUUGGGAAGGUUAUCCUCAUAUCAACAUGGCUUUCCAAGUGAAGUUUUUCUAUAUCUGUCAGAUUGCCUACUGGUUCCAUGCUCUUCCGGAGCUGUAUUUUCAGAAAGUACGAAAGGAGGACAUUCCACGUCAGCUGUACUACAUUUGCCUUUAUAUAUUUCACAUUGCUGGUGCCUACGUCCUUAAUCUCCACCGCCUGGGUCUGGUUCUUCUGGUGCCGCAUUAUCUGGUAGAGCUACUCUUCCACGCCUCGCGACUCUUCUACUUCAGUGAUGAAAACAAGCAGAAGGGGUUCACGCUGUGGGCUCUGCUGUUUGUCAUCACCCGCCUCCUGACGCUCACCGUUUCUGUCCUGACGUUUGGUUUCGGCCUGUCCCACACAGAUAAUCAGGGAUUCUCUUUAGCAGAGGGAAACUUUAAUGUGCUGACUGUCAGGAUGACAUGCCUGUCAGCCAUCUGCCUGACCCAGGCCUGGAUGAUGUGGAAAUUCAUCAAUUUCCAGCUGAAGAAGUGGAGAGAACAAUCUCAAAUCCAGGCCAGCAAGAAGAAAGCUGUCAGCCCAAAAAGCAGACCCAACAAGAAGGACUCUCGGGACAGUACUCUUCAAAUUGCCUAUGCACAAGUGUUGCACUAA